AUGGAUUACACCGGCGGCACCGUGGAGGCCGAUCAUCUCUGCGUACUGGUCCACGGGCUUUGGGGUAACCCCAACCACAUGGCCCAGAUCGCCAAAAGCCUGCGCGCAAAACACUCCGCCGACAAGCUCUACCUGCUCCUCGCGAAGCGCAACAGCGGCUCCUUCACCUACGAUGGCAUCGAGCGCGGCGGCGAGCGCGUCUGCGCCGAGAUCGAGGAGGAGCUGCGCGCCAUCCAGGAAAGGGGCGGCAAGAUUACCAAGCUGAGCAUCGUGGGCUACUCCCUCGGUGGCCUGGUCUCGCGCUAUGCCGUUGGACUGCUUCACUCAAAGGGCAUCCUCGACACCGUCGAGUGCAUGAACUUCGUCACCUUCGCCACACCGCAUCUCGGCGUCCGCACCCCCUUGCGCGGCUGGCACAACCACCUCUGGAACGUCCUCGGCGCCCGCACCCUUUCCAUGUCGGGCCGCCAGCUCUUCACCAUCGACAACUUCCGCGACACGGGCCGGCCCCUGCUCGCCGUUCUCGCGGACCCGGACUCCAUCUUCCUCGCCGGCCUCAAGCGCUUUAAGCGCCGCACUCUCUACACCAACAUCGUCAACGACAGAAGCGCCGUCCACUACACCACCGGCAUCACCAAGACGGACCCCUACACGAAUCUCGACGGCAUCAAGGUCAACUACGUCCCGGGCUACGAGGACGUCAUCCUCGACCCGAAGCACCCGAUCGCCCCGCGACCCAAGCUCUCCGGCGGCUCCCGACCGACGCUGUCCUCCGUCGCCUCGUGGGCCCAGCGCAUCCCCUUCGUGCUGGCCAUCUCCGUCUUCGUGCCCAUCGGCAUCGUCGCCUUCCUCUUCAACUCGGCGAUCCAGACGGUGCGCUCCUCGAAGCGCAUCCAGCUGCACGAGAAGGGGCUCGCGGGCGUUGCCAUCGAGGAGUACCGCGGCCCGCUGUGGAUGAAGGAGAUCCGCGAGGAGGUCGAGCACGUGUACGAGACGCUCAACAGCUCGCAGGACCAGGAGUACCUCGGCAGCGAGACGGACGACGACGAGGACGACGCGGGCGCGCGCGAGAUGGACCGCAGCACGACGCAGUUGCUCGCGCGCGAGAGGCGCAUGUCGGUGCCCUCGCAGCCGACGCUCGCGCUCGCGCCGUACCAGUUCCAGAUGGUCCAGAACCUGGACGCCGUCGGGUGGAACAAGUACCCCGUGUGGAUUCACAAUGACAGGCACAGUCACGCGGCCAUCAUUGUGAGGUGGGAGAAGAAGACGUUUGACGAGGGGCGCGUGGUGUUGAAGCACUGGUUGAACGAGGAGUUUACGAUCUGA